CCCUGAGGGAAAAGUGUCUCUUGGCAGCGGGCGGUCGCUGCCCGGCCCUCUGGAAGGCUCGGCCGGGCUUUGCGGGGGAUGCUCGGUGGCGGAGCGGGGCGAGGCUCCCGUGGGGAAGGGACUCUGGAAGUGACCCUCGGGCUGAGUGUUCGCAGCGGGCAUGCGGGGGGAGCUGCGGAGAGCGCCUUCGGCACCUGCGAGCAGCAGGUGAAAACGGGCACGGAUCGCGCUGAAUCGGGCAAAAGCGCCGGCAGCCGCGGGGGAUGCGGCGGGGACCGCGGGCCAACAGCAUCCUCUGCAGCUGAGGCUCUGAAAUACUGGAGGACACUGCAUCUUCCUCAGGGACACGGGCAAGGAAGAGCUGGAGCCUCUGGGGGGCUCAGAAAGGAAUUGUGGUUGGUGGUCGCCUGAGGAACUUACCUUCACCCCAAUGUUGCUCUGAAAGGAGUCGUGUCCAACAGUCAGGUUUGGUAAGAUGCCUCAGGAACAGUACCCGCAGCGGAGCACCAUGCAGACCUCGGAAGGACCCCAGGUAUACAAAGUGGGGAUUUAUGGCUGGAGGAAGAGGUGCCUCUAUUUCUUUGUGCUGCUCCUAAUGAUUUUAAUCCUGGUGAACCUUGCUAUGACCAUCUGGAUUCUGAAGGUUAUGAACUUCACAAUUGAUGGAAUGGGGAACCUGAGGAUCACAGAAAAGGGUCUGAAGCUUGAAGGAGAUUCAGAAUUCUUGAAACCUCUCUACGCCAAAGAAAUCCGAUCAAGACCAGGCAACCCCCUGUACUUCCAGUCCGCCAGGAACGUGACCGUGAACAUCCUCAACGAGAAGACAAAAGUCCUCACUCGCCUUGUAACAGGUCCCCAAGCAGUGGAAGCACACAGCCAAAAAUUUGAGGUGAAAACCCUCUCUGGAAAAUUGCUGUUUUCUGCAGAUGACAACGAAGUGGUGGUUGGAGCAGAGAGAUUGAGAGUUCUAGGAGCAGAAGGCACAGUGUUCCCUAAAUCUAUAGAAACUCCCAAUGUCAGGGCAGACCCCUUCAAGGAACUAAGGCUGGAGUCGCCCACGCGCGCGCUGGUGAUGGAGGCUCCCAAGGGCAUCGAGAUCAACGCCGAGGCCGGCAGCCUGAAGGCCACGUGCAGGACAGAGCUCAGGCUGGAAUCCAAAGAUGGAGAGAUAACGUUGAAUUCUGCAAAAAUCAAACUACCUAACUUGCCUCAAGGAUCUUCCUCUUCUGCAGGGUCCAGGCAAAAAAUCUACGAGCUCUGUGUGUGUCCCAAUGGGCGGCUGUUCCUGUCUCAGGCAGGCAGCAGCUCCACCUGCCAGAUAAACACGAGCGUCUGCCUUUGAGAGACAAUUUGCAGAGGGGCAUCACAGGCAGCACAAAAGCCAGUUCUGGUCUCACAGAUCCAGCUGCCAACUAUUUUUACUAGAACACAGAAAGCCUAUCAAAGACUUUUUUUGUGUGUGCGCGCGCGUGUGUGUGAAUAUAUAUAUAAAAAAUAUAUAUAAGAUAUAUAUAUAUAUCCUCUGUGUAAAAUGAUGUUUCAGUACAAGGAAUCCCAGGGUGACCCUGUUACAUUUGUGUAGCAUUUCUCUUUCCCACACCAAAAUUUACUGGUACAAUCUGCUGAAUUGGAUCUGAUGCUCCCCUGGACCCUUCUGUAUUAAGACAGUGCAAUGAUCACCCCUCGUUUUUGAUCACGUUCUCAGAGCAAUGGGAUUGCUGGCUGGGCAAGACCCUGGAACCAAUGCAGACCCACCACCAUCCAAAGGGAAGAGAAGCAUCUCUGAUUAUUUUUGUGCCAUUAAAUCGGUGGCAAGAAAAAUAAAUAGUUUCAAAAACAGCGGAAUGGCCAGAUGUGCUGUGCUGAUCACCUACAGUGAUCCAAGAUACCUGAGGUUAAAUUACUCUUUAAUUAAAUUAUCACCUGAAGCAUGGCUCCCUGCUGGGAGAGAGGGAUGCACUUGGCCAGUAGGAAAGUCCAGACCUUGCUGAAACAAUAAAUGUGAUUUUCUGAAGGUGUUCAACACUUUCCUGUGCAUGGCCAAGGACGCCUUGUGCUAUUCAGGUGUGACACAUCAGGUCCAACACUAACCUAAAAUCAUCUCUGUGCUGGCAAAACUGGUGUUGUACUUAGUCAUUGGAAGGAACAAACUUGUGAAAGUUGGACUAAGCAGAAAAAUUCUGAACCUCUUUUGCUAACAGGUGUCCUGGAUCACCCUACAAACUCCCAGUAACACCUUCAAUUUUGAACAUAUUUGGUGUGAAGGUGUGAAGAUUUAAGAUUUGGACAUUGCCUAAAUACCUAUAGAAACAGAGAAAAUCAGCUAGAAACUGAGAAAAACAAAGAAUUAAGUGUAUAAUUUAGAUGCUACACCAGAAUUGUUGUCAUCUUUCUUUUGAAGAUACACAGUCCAAGGUCACUUAGAUUUGGUGGAAACUGCAAUUAUCAGAGAUGCUUAAAAUGAAAGACUUUUUUAAAGGAUUUAUAAAAAUUGUGGCAAAGCCAGAUUACUGAAAGGAAGGGCUUUGGAUGCUGGUUCCUCUAGAAUUUGAGUCCCCAAAACUCUGUGGUUGAAUCUUAUCAUGGUUGCAUUUUUUUCUUAUUUUAAAGUCUAGGAGUCACGGGCAGGAUAAAACACAAAAAUCUGAUCUGGCAACAUUACUUCCACUUUUGAAGUUUUGGAAAAUAAUGAUAAGAGCCCAGAUCAUUGAAGUCUGACCCAUAAUUUCAUCCACAUGUAUGUAAAAAUCCUUAAAAAAACCAAAUAUACCAAUUAAGGCAAAAAUUUCCAAGUUACAAUAAAUCUCACGAGGACAGCAAGGUUUCUAAGCCACUGAGAUGCUUCUGAAAUAUUACCUCAUGUGCAAAUAAGACAGAUCUGUGCCCAUCCCUAGUGAUAUCUAACCAAAGCUGGUAUUCUUCAAGGGAUUUUCAAGAUAAAGCAUAGCUGACAGAAAUCUUUAAAAAUAAUUUAGUCAAUUCCCUUUUUUUACAGCUUUUCACGUGUUUUCUUGUGGUCUCGAGAGUACCAGGGUUUGAUUUUUUUUAAUUUUUUUUUUGAAUUAACAAUUCUGGCUUAAUCCAAAUCUGAUUGGACUCAGAGAAGAUUUCUAUGGAGUUUAGAUUAGACGUGUUUCUGCCUGACAAAGCAGCACUCCCAAAAACAUUUAUUCCUGAAAGAGGAUUGAAUUCUUUCCUUUUAUUUCUAUAAUGCUUUCUGAUAAAUCAACAAACUCUAACUAUUCAUUAAUGAAUGAUUCCUGUAAUUAUUAUGUCUUGAGUCAACAUUUGAAUGCAAAGGGUCACCCAGGGUAACAAUUGUAUUGGGACACAGGACUGUACCAUCUCUGUUCAAAGAGGGGAAUUGUGCCUAUGCCUUAAGUCAAUGCACUCAGCAAGGAGAAGCACAUCAUAUUUAUCUUGUUAUUAAAUCUAGUUUAUUUGGGGGGAGGGACAGGAGGGUGUCUUGGGAACUGGUUGUGCAACUUCAAACAGAUACUGAUGAAAUACAUUAAGACUGUAGGGGCACCUAGAAUGAUACAGACUUUUUUUUUUCUUACCAUGUUAAAUAUAGCAAAAUACUGUGUAUGUUACCUCUGGGACCAUGACUGAAGUCCCAUUCAUAGUCCUACAUUUACUGUAAUUUUUUUUUCCCUCUUCCAUAGAAUACUGAUCACAAACCUCAUAGCAGGCAUGGCCCAAUCCAUAACCAAAUCCUGUGUGAGCAGUUUGAAGACACGUGCUGCAGAAAGAGUUCCCUGACAAUGAAUCAAAUUAAUUCCCAGCCCUGGGAGUGUUCAGGGGGGUGAGGAGGGCAGGGCUGAGCCCACCAGGGAUGCUGCAUCCUGAUUUCUGUGCUCCACUCUGAUCACAGCAGUGUCUCAGUCCUCGUCCCUGUGCCACCCUCUGGCUGCUCCCAAUUUCCAUCCCAACAAAUUAAUUUUGAGUAGCUGCUUUUCCCAGCUGGGCUCUUGGAUGAGGUUAUCACCUUCUCAUGUCACAACAGCCAUGAAACUGCUAAGGACAUUCAUAUCUUGGUGUGAAUUUCUGCUGGGGAGCUGUUAGGAAAUGACCUUAACAUCUGUGCCAUCACUGCAGAUGCUUCUCUGAGGUGAACAAAGGGUACCUUAAUUAUAUCUACUGAAAGAAAUUCUUAUUUCAAUAUAUCUUAAAACCAUGUUUCCAUCUUAGAAAACAUAAAAUUAUGUGUUGUGUUGAAAUGUGAGGAAUUGUUUCUAGAAAGAAUGAACCCCUGUAGGGACUUGGAGAUUGUUUGAACACCACUUGAGUUUUAAGACAGUGGUUUGGGUGAUGCUGCCUGUGCUGGUCAGAAAGUGGCAAACAUAAACACAGGCUGGGCAGAGGGUGGGUCAGGAAUAUUCCUGAGGAGAAGGACUUGGGUUGUUGGUUGGGGAGAAGCUCAACAUGACCUGAAGUGAACUCACAGCCCAAAAAGCCAGUCCUGUCCUGGGCUGCCUCACAAGCAGUCGAGGGAGGGGAUUCUGAGCUUGUGACAUCCCACCUGCAGUGCUGUGUCCAGCUCUGGGUGGUCCCAGCAUCAGAGGGAUGGGGACACAUUGGGGUGAGUCCAGAGGAGACCACAAAGAUGCUCUGAGGGCUGGAGCUCCUCUGGGAGUGCUGGGGGUGCUCACCUGGAGAAGAGAAGGCUCCAGGGAGACCUCAGAGCCCCUCCAGUGCCUAAAGGGCUCCAGGAGAGCUGGAGAGGGACUUUUUACAAGGGCAGGGGUAAUAGGGCAUGGAAGAAUGGCUUCAAACUGACAGCAGGCAGGGUUAGGUUAAAUAUUAGAAAUAAACUCUUUGCUGUGAGGGUGGUGAGGCCCUGGCACAGGUUGCCCAGAGAAGCUGUGGAUGCCCCAUCCUUGGAAGUGCUGGAUGGGGCUUGUAGUAGCCUGGUGUAGUGGAAGGUGUCCCUGCCCAUGGCAGAGGGCUGGAACUGGAUGAUUUAAGGUCCCUUUAAUCCCAAACCAUUCUAGGAUUCUGUGAAAGCAGAGCAAACAGGACUGUGUCUCAGAUCCCAGGGGAAAAAACAGGCAUUUUCUUUAAAAAGCUGCCUGCUAACACAUCCAGCCAUCUCACACUCACAGUGGCUGACUCUCCUGUUGCACAAGGCAGGUGCAGGAGAGUCCCUUCUCCUGCCUUGCCCAGAAAUCCCUCACAGUGGGAUUCCUCACUACCUGUGUGGGCUGCUUUUCCCUGAAUCCAUUCAAAGCAGAGCUCCCCUGACUGGAAUUUCAUCCACGUGCUCUACCUACCACUGAUAAAAUGCCAGAGACAAACAAGGCUUUGUGUGUUUUGUUGUGAAUUGGGCCUGAAGUUUAGUUCAGUGGAGCAUUUGCUGUGUGGGAGGUGGGGUUGAUCUCAGAAUGGAGUUUGGUUUGUGUCUGCUGAGCUCCGUGGGAGAGUUGGUGAUGACUUGAUGGCCUGAGCCUGAGCUGGGCAGGUGCCAGCUGGGGACAGUGGGAGCACUGCCAGCCCCUGGGGUGGCUCUGGGGCUGAACCAGACCCUGCACUGCAGCUGUGAGCACUGAAACCCCACCCAAAUGCUAAUCAAGGGACUGUGCCAGCAGUGCCAGUGUACCUGGGGUGGCCGUGCAGGAGUCAUAAAUGCAUUUAUGUGUGCUGGCUCUUCAUAGGACUGCAGGACCCUGUCCAGUUUGCUGUAAAUGUGACACUUCAGGAAAGGGUCAGGAGAAUGACAGCCAGUGCUCACCUGUGACAGGAACCUUGUCCAUAUGGAGUGUGUGACCCUUCUGUCAUGGCUGAGGCAGGAUGGUUCUCCAAAAGCAAAAAGACUUUGCCAUUAGCAAAAGCAGAGGUCCUGGGAAUGUCUGCACAUCUGUGCCCAUUCUCCAAGUUUCUUUGUGGGGUUUUUUUUUGGCUGUUGGUUUGUUUGGGUUUUUAAUUCAUUUUGAAGCAUAUUAUCCCAUAGUUAAACAGUACAAAGAAAUGUUAACAGUAAAGGAAGUCAUCAAAAGGGGAAGCCAGAAACUACUACAAUAUGUAUAAAGUCUCUUCUAAGUAUUCAUUUUUAGAAGAGUGAGUAUGUGCAGGAGUGAUUUGUAUUUGGUUACCUCAGUCAUGUGCUGUCUAGCAGCUGUGUUUUGCAAGGGUUGUGGGGUUUUUUUCUCCUGUUAUGAUAAAUAUCACAUUGCACAAACAAACUUUGAAGGCAUAAGCCUGAAACUCUGCAGUAUAUGGUAUGGCAAAAUGAUGGCUAAAUAAAAACCCCUCCCUAGAAAGUGCUCCAAGGUUAAAGGGAGAUUCCUGUGGGACUUGAGAAGGCUAGCUCACAUCACAACCUAGUGAAAACUCAUUUUGUUGUCAUAAGAUGCUCACACAUGCACACAAAUACACACACAUACUCAUACACACUUGUUUACAACAAAAGCCAAUUUUCUUUAUGUUUGUUUUUAUGGCUUUAAGUUUCACAUUGCAAAAGAGAGUGAGACAAAGACCAAAGACUUCAAGAAGUUCAUCCCUCUCUGGUUGCCCUCAUGCCUGAAAUGCAUUAACUUUAAUGGUGCUUUUUCUGAACUGGAUAGGAGAAAUGCAGGUGUACCAUAAAGCUGCAUUUGAGAGAAUAAAGUGGCAGGAAGGCUCUAACUUGGUUAAGGGGGAGAGGAGGAAAUAACGUGAAAAAUCUUGAAAUGUGUGCAGAGGGCAAGGUUACCUGAAAUCUGAAAUGUGGAGAAAUAGCCCAGAAAGCUUAAAGACAUCAUCCUGGGCUGGAAGUAUAAAUAAACUGAGUAAAUGGUGCCAGCUGUUCACUUGAGCAUUAGCAGGGCAGCAGCUCCAGUGGAGAACAGUAACUGCUGCAAUGAUUUCAUUUUAGACAUACCUACAGUAAAAAAAAAAAUUAAAAAAAAAAAAAAAAAAAAGAAAGAAAA